CCACCACCACCACCACCACCACCACACCACCACCACCACUGUCACCGCCACCGACGACCGGAGAGACGCACGUAGUCUAAAUGUGAGACUCGUACGGACGUCGUCGUUGUCCUCGCCGGGUCUCUUCGUACACAGUUUUUCGAGCCAGCUCUCCGGUUCUACUUCUACUUCGAGCUUCGUCGCGAAGUGAUCACCGAUAAAAAGGUCUACCCCAGUGACGAGCACCGAGCACCGAGAUGGCAGCUUUCGUGGCGAAGCAGAUGGUCGGCAACAAGCUGAACGCGGUUAAAGGAGCUGUUGGUGGCGAAGGCGGAGACGAAGAUGACAAGGAGAAGGAAGAGGAAGCCGAAAGAGAAAGGCAAGAAGCCAUCAGGGAAGCUGAAGAGCGAAGGAAGGAGAAGCACCGCAAAAUGGAAGAGGAACGGGAGAAGAUGCGACAGGAAAUCAGGGACAAGUAUAACAUAAAGAAGCGGGAAGAGGUGCAGGAGGUAACCCAAGAAGAGCCAAAUCCUUUGAUGCGCAAGAAGAAGACGCCAGAGGAAUUGGCAGCGGAAGCCGAGGCGGAAGACGAGGACGAGAUUACAAAAAUCAAGAACGCGUUAGACACGCAUAUACAAGAGAUCAAAGCGCAAGUACUGGAAGGUAAAUGUGAGCUCCAAUAAGCCUACCUACACCCUUGAAGCGGUCGGUAAGGAGGGUGGCGCAUCAUGUGCUACCAGGGCCGCAUCCGCCUCUCAGCCCCUACGACACCACGAGGAAGGGAAGGAGCAAGAUCUGACGUGUUAUUGGAGAAGCGAAAGGAAAGAGCGAUACGGGAACUCACUACCAGCGUCGUCGUCGUCGUCGUCGUCGUCGUCGUUGUCGUCGUCGUCGUCGUGUUGUUCGAGUAUAGAUCGAUUCGAGAUUCGAAUUGGCCAGUCGUCGCUUAGAGAGUGUCGAGAGAAGCGACAAGCACUCGAAACACCGCAAGCAACACCCGUCCUCGGGUCUCGACGAUCGAACAACCGAUCUCGUCGAGGGUUUUCUACGAUACAUCUGGAAUGAUCUCGAGAAACGAACGCAUCGACCAAACCGGGAAAGCUGUCAGCUUGCUGCGACAUUAACGACGGGAGGAAUUUCAGGGAGAGACGCGAGCGUUCUGUUCGAAAGAAGAACGCGUCGUCGACGUCGUCGUCGUUGUCGAUAUCGAGAACGAGCCGAUGGGAUGAGACGAAUUCCAGAGAUUACCAUCGAUAGCGUGGUUAAUUGACUGGAGUGGUCCGAAGAUCCCCGACGUUGGACCAACGAAUCGGUUUACCAUCCGAUCGCGAUGAACCACCUCAGGCUCGAUAGAGUGACUCCGCGUGACGGAGAUUGUUUCGGAAAACGAGGAAAACGAGGAAAACGAGGACGAUGUCGAACGAGGACGAUGACGGAGUAAAAAGCGAAGAAAUUGCGGCAGACGUGAGAACGUAGAAAGGACGAGAUCGGCGAGAAUUCGUUUACGUCUUACGAUUCGGAGAAAGAAGAGAGACGAAGAUGAUCGACGAGAAGGAGGAGAGAGGAGAGUUGGUUUACGACUAGCGAUUCGGAAAAUGAAAGCGAGGCAGAGGAAAAAGGAAAAACAGGGACAAAGAACGAAAUUGUUCGAUCGAUCUAAGUCUUUUCGGAUGUCGCACGAAUAUCGUGGCGUAAAUGAGACGUGAGCAGUCGAAGGGCGCGUGCGUAUAAAUAUACCUAUAUAU